AUGGAUUCCGAUUACGGCGUAGCCAGAGAACUCUCUGAUCUGCAGAAGCUUCGGUCUCUCUACAAACCCGAGCUCCCGCCAUGUCUCAGGUCUCUCUCUUCCUCUUCCCGAGUUUUUCCUAUUCCGGGUACUAUUGUUCGUGUGGAAUUUGGUGAUGCAACUGCCGCUGCGGAUCCCGCCGGUGCCCACACCAUAAGCAGGUCUUUUCCUCACACCUACGGUGGUUCGGAAGGUUUAUUUGCACAGAAAACAUUAGAAGUUACUGAUGAGGUUCUUGCAACCUACAAAAAUCAAGGUGGUUAUGAUUUGUUGGGACGGACAAAAGAUCAAAUUAGAACAACUGAACAAGUCCAUGCUGCGCUUAAUGCGUGCACAACUUUGAAGCUUGAUGCUCUUGUAGUUAUUGGAGGUGUGACAUCAAACACAGAUGCUGCCCAGCUUGCAGAGACUUUUGCAGAAAGAAAGUGCCCAACAAAAGUGGUUGGUAUUCCUGUUACUUUAAAUGGAGAUCUUAAAAACCAGUUUGUUGAGGCUAAUGUGGGUUUUGACACAAUUUGUAAGGUUAAUUCCCAGCUGAUUAGCAAUGUCUGCACUGACGCACUCUCAGCAGAGAAGGUAAGUAUUCCAUGUCAAUUAUUUCUGCAGUUGUUUUCAGGCUGUACUAAAAAGUUCCCGUGCGUGUCAUUUCCUUCUAAAUCAGUCAUUCUUGCUGAAGAGGUAGCAGCAUCAAAACUUACCCUUUUUGAUAUCACAAUACAAAUAUGUGAUGCAGUGCAAGCAAGGGGUGAACAAGAUAAACACCAUGGUGUGAUUCUGUUGCCGGAGGGGCUGAUAGAAAGCAUUCUUGAAGUCUAUGCACUGUUGAAGGAAAUACAUGGCUUGCUCCGACAAGGUGUUUCUGCUGACAAUAUCUCUGCUCAACUGUCACCUUGGGCAUCUGCAUUGUUUGAGUUCCUGCCUCCAUUUAUUAGAAAACAGCUCCUUCACCCAGAAUCAGACGACUCCGCGCAGCUAUCUCAGAUUGAGACAGAGAAACUCCUUGCUAAUCUUGUUGAAGCAGAGAUGAACAAGCGAUUGAAAGAAGGAUCAUACAAGGGAAAGAAAUUCAAUGCAAUAUUUCAUUUCUUUGGUUAUCAAGCCCGAGGAUCAUUGCCAUCAAAGUUCGAUUGUGACUAUGCCUAUGUACUUGGUCAUAUUGGCUAUCACAUAAUUGCUGCUGGUUUGAACGGUUAUAUGACAACAGUAACAAACUUGAAGAAUCCCGUGACUAAGUGGCGCGCUGUGGCUAUGAUGACUGUUAGGCGAUAUGGUCAUGGCCCUGGGGCGGCUUCAACCAUUGGAAUUCCAGCUUUGUAUCCAGCAACUGUUGAUUUAAAGGGCAAGGCCUAUGAGUUAUUGAGACAGAACGCAACCAAGUUUCUGAUGGACGAUGUGUAUAGAAACCCAGGAUUCCUUCAGUUUGAUGGUCCCGGUGUUGAUUCUAAGGCUGUGACCCUUUGCGUUGAAGAUCAAGAUUAUAUGGGACGAAUCAAGAAAUUGCAGGAGCAUCUCGACAAGGUGCGUGCAAUAGUGAAACCAGGUUGCUCACAAGAUGUUCUGAAAGGUGCUUUGAAAUCCAUGGCCUCCGUGACCGACAUUCUUUCUGUCAUGUCGUCGUCAUCUUCCACCGGGAACGGUCCAUGGUAA